GGAAAACACUCAUUGUAAAUAUGAUAAAAACAAGUUACAUUAGCUGUGCGUGCAAUCGAUUACCUCACGUAGUAGAUUGGGGACGAAACAAUCUUGUGUGCUAUGGAGCAAAUAAUUCGAUAGCGAUAUACAACCCAACAGCUAAUAAGUUUGGAAAAGUUUUGUCAACGUUACAUGUUCAUACAGACAGAGUAAAUACUGUUCGUUGGAUUAAACCUUGCUUUCCAAAUCCAGAAACAGAAUUUAUAUCAGCAUCAUCCGAUGGCACAGCAAUUAUUUGGCAACUGAAUGAUGAAGCAACAGGUUCUUUCAAAGCAAGCGAUAUCUUACGAAUUAAUGAACCUACAAAUAUUUGUGAUGCAAUAUAUUUGACUGAAAAUUCACUUGACUUGCUCAUUUGUACUGGUUCUACUGAUGGAGACUUUAGACUAUGGAUAAGAGUAGGUGAUCAAGAAAUAGAACCUACACAGAUAUUAAGUUUUUCUAAAAAACUUCCUAUUGGAGCACGCUUAGCUCUUAUGCCAAAUGAACCAGAUGGUUCCUUAAAUCCGCUAUUAUUUAUAGCAAUGGAAGACUCAAGUAUUCUUCUGUAUUCUACUAUUUUUCACAGUGAUGAUCUAGAUCAAAAAAAAAUUGGAGAUUUUGUUAAAGUACAGACAUUAGUUGGUCAUGAAGAUUGGGUCACAUGUAUAGAUUACAUUUUAACUGAUUCACAAGAGUUAUUAAUAGCUACUGGUUCACAAGAUAGUACUAUAAGAUUGUACAAAAUUUCUCGCAAAAGCAUUGCUAGCAGUGAAAUUACAACAAAUGAUGAAUUGAAACUAAAAAAACAAAAUUUUUUUCUUCAUGAUCAUGAAUAUGAAAUAGUUUUAGAAAGUAUUUUAUGUGCUCAUGAUUCUUGGAUUUAUGAAGUGCAUUGGCAUCCUUUAUUAAAGAAAGAUAAUAAAAAUUGUCAACCACUGAAAUUGUUAUCAUGUUCUUUAGAUAAAACAGCAAUCAUCUGGGAACCUAGCAAAAAUGCUGGUAUUUGGUCUGAAACUGUCAGGGUUGGAGAGGUGGGUGGUAAUUCAUUAGGAUUUUAUGGAUGUAAAUUUGGUCCUCAAGGAAAUAGUAUUUUAACAUAUGGUUACCAUGGGUCUUUCCACAUGUGGAAAUUCGAUGAAAAUUCUCAAAAUUGGAAGCCAAAACCUGCACCGAGUGGUCACUUUAAUAGUGUAGUAGAUCUUUGCUGGGAUUCUAAAGGAAGAUUUUUUAUAUCAGUUAGCACUGAUCAAACGACAAGAGUUCAUGCACCCUGGUUGUUAGAUGAUGGUGAAGAAUCUUGGCAUGAAAUUGGAAGGCCACAAAUUCAUGGUUAUGAUAUGUCAUGUAUAGCUAUUCUCAAACCUAACAUUUUUGCUUCUGGAGCUGAAGAAAAAGUUGUGAGAAUUUUCACUGCUCCAUUAAGUUUUAAAAAUUAUUUGGAAAAAUUAUGCAAUGAUAUUGCUGAUUUUGACAUUAACGUAAAGGUUGAAGGAGCAUCUGUGCCUGCUUUAGGUUUAACAAAUAAGGCAGUCACAGAUGAAUUAAGUAAUGAUCAAGUUGACCAAAAUAAAACAGAAAACUCCUUAGGAAAGCUGAAUUAUAACGAACCUCCUGUUGAAGAAGAUAUAGUCAGAUACACUCUUUGGCCAGAGCUCCAGAAACUUUAUGGACAUGGUUAUGAAAUUUUUUCAAUUGCAGCACGUUAUGAUGGAAAAGUUCUUGCAACCUCUUCUAAAUCUUCCUGUCCGGAGCAUGCUGUAAUAAUCUUGUGGGAUACAACAGCUUGGCAUCAACCACAAAAAUUAUUCGCUCAUCAUUUAACUGUUACACAGCUGGCAUUUUCACCUGAUGGACAAUACCUUCUUUCUGUAUCAAGAGAUCGAAGAUGGGCCCUUUUCGCAUUGCAAGAUGAAAAAUAUGAACUUUUAGUAAUGAGUCCUAAGAAGGAUAGUCUUCAUGCUCGUAUUAUUUGGUGUUGUGCAUGGACAAGUGACUCAAAGUAUUUUGCAACAGGUUCUAGAGAUGGAAAAAUUGGAAUCUGGAGUGUGGACAAACUUGAUAGUCAACAACCAACUGCAAUAACCAGUUUAACUUUGACUCAUACUUCUAUCACAGCUGUUGCUUUUGCACCACUAGACAAUCAAGAUGAUGAAUUAAUGUAUGUUAUAGCAAUGGGCUUUGAAAAUGGAUGUAUAGAUAUUAGAAAAAUUAAAAAAACAAAUGAAUCUUACAGUUGGUUACAAAUAGUGCACUUAAAUCAGUCUGAAGCUCAUCAUAUGACUGUGAAAAGAAUUACUUUCCGCCCAAUGCACAAAAACCAACAAAAGAAUAAAUUACAAUUUGCAAGUUGUGGAGCUGAUAAUAUAAUAAAAGUACACGAUUUACUGUUGAACUAAUAAUACACUAUAACAAUCUUGCUAAUAUUUUAUAAACAAUAUUAAAUAAACAUUUUAUACUAUUUAGCAAAACAUCAACUAUUAAAUAA